AAUAAAUUGAAAUAUUUUCAACUACCGCUUCGACGGCGCCACCAUACGACUGAGAACGGCAGGUGCAACGAGAAAACAUAAUCUCGAAUGGCGCGCGUUCUUUCGUUCCUAUGGAUUCACAUUGCGAGCGCGAUCUGAUGAGGGAGACUUGAAACUACUGUGGAAUGCUUGAUUCUUGUUUUAUCCCUUUUUUAAUCCAUCACCUCAGUCGAUACGCGAGCAGUUUCUCCUCAUUCAUGUUCAUGUAAUUAAGAAAGCCACCUGUUGAAACUAACGGCGAGCAGUUCAAAAGUUUGUCAGCACACGAAAUAAUUACAACUUGCAGCACUGAUCACAAUUGAGAGGACUUGGGGAAGGAUUAGGUGAUUAAACUCGCUAAGAUUGGUACGAAACCAUGCAACAAAAAUGAGAUCAUGUCAGAGAUGAAGAGGCGCCAUCGUUAGACGCCCCUGAAUAAGUUCGUUUCGCUAGUAAAUCGUGUCUUCGGGAAUGCCACGGCGGCGCAUGAUUUACCUAAAUCCCCAAUGACUUGUCAGCCACGUGACGCGUUUGUUUGGCAUAUGUGCGAGACUUCAGCCCGAAGCGAGUAUAUCUAAAAUAUUUGUGCCUGAAAGAUUUCACGCGUCGAUUUUUAAAAUAUGUCGAAAAUUAUCAUUGCGGUUAAAACUUAACUGGUCGACAUCCUCUUCCUUUGAACCUUGAACGAGCGUAUCAAGAUCAUCAUCCCUUUUGUGAAAAAAUAAAGUAAAUAACAUCUAACGAAGAUUUGACGCAAGCAAAACAAAUAUUAACCUAUUAAAAUGGCUACUUCAGAAAGUGACGAUUUCGAAAGCGCUGAUGAGGAAUUGGAUAACCGUUCCGCACCUAAAAAAAGAGGAAUUGUUUCAAAGAGGAGCCCAGCUUUUGUUGAUUCUGAUUCGGACGAUGGUACAGCCUCUCCGAUACAACCACAAACUUACAGGAACUCUGGUGCCCCAUACAGGGAACCUCGAGAUCCUCAGUCCCGAACCUCUUACCCCACAAAUAAUCAGAGCUCGGACUCCUCUGUGACUUCAAGAAGAUCCCCUCUAGGAUCUUCGGUCCCCCAAAAUGAGGAAAAUUUAGAACCACCAGCUCUUAUUCAGAAGCCUACAAAUGAUCAAUCUGAUGAGCUAACACUCACAGACGAGACAUCCGAUUGUAUCAUUGAAACUAAAAGCUGUGAUGCUGCUCCUACUCAUGUUCCCGAUAUAAGAAGUGAAUUAGAAGCUGCUGAGCAAGUAGCGCACAGUGGUGCGCCAGCUGCAAUUACAAGUGGCGACUUGGCUACGAAGAAAUCAGUUGUAAAGUCUAUUGUUAAGUCUAAGAAAGAUAGACCGCAGAGGCAGCAAGAGCCAAAAGAAACUAAAUCAUUGGGUGUGCGUAAGUUAGGAGCUAAAAUAAGGUCGCCAAAUGUGACAACAUACAAUAUCACAGGAAUGACAGUGGAUGAUUUCCUGAAAAAACAUGACGUGCGGGACAAGCAGCCUUCCCGGAUCGAGCCAUGCUGGGAAGAAUUAGACAGUAUACUAUCAAAGCCUAUGACAAACUUAGAACUUGAUAAAAAAUCUGGAAGUGGUGUGCCUAAAUGGGACAGUGCCUGGGACAGUCAGCAAAUGCCGGAUGACGUGGUGGAGUGCUGGGAAGGUAUGGAUGAUGAUAUUGAGAUACCUGAGGAACUAAACUCAAAUAAAAAGUUCAAGGAGGUGUUCAAGUCUGAUGGAUGGGAAAACAUGGAUGAGGAUAUUGGAAUUCCUGAGGAAAAAACUGAAGAAAAUGUUCUCCCAGUUUUGGAUAAGCUCUCUAAACUUGGCGAAGAAUUGGAAAAAAGCAGUGGCUGGGGGUGGGGAGGGUGGGGGGUUAGUACAUUGAUAAACUCUGCCUCCGCAGGAGUGACAACACUGACAAACCAUAUGAGCCAAGGACUCACCAUGCUGGAAGAGAGCAUUGGCGCCCCAGAUCCAGUAGAAUUGGCAAAAGAUGACGAACAAGAAGCUGGCAAACCUGAUGAAGAAACUACAACAGAGGAUCAAGCGGACAUGCAAUCGCAGACAUCCUUUGGCUUUGGUAAUUUGAUGUCUGGUGUUUCUUCUAUAACAAAACUAGUAGAAUCGACAAGCAAUAAAGUGAUUGCCGGUGGCUUGGAUACUCUAGAAACUAUUGGCAAGAAAACUAUGGAAGUAUUGCAGGAUGGAGAUCCAGGGUUGAAAAAAAAGCGAGCAUUCUUUACAAAUGAAAAAAAUAAGCCAAUUUUAUCACAGAUUCUCAGAGAAGCAAAGGAUAAAGCGGAUACUGAAGAAAAGUCUUUAGAAGAAAAACAAUUAGCUAGAAAAGUGCAUUUUGAAAGUCUUUUUGACGAUUAUCAAGGUCUAGUGCACCUUGAAGCACUAGAAAUGUUGUCAAAACAAUGUGAUCUUAAAAUACAACAACACAUGAUCAAUUUGAAUGCCGAUGAGCUAUGCUCUAUGCAAGAAACUUUAGAAGAGGUAAAGGAACUGUGUGACUUAGGGGAUGAGGAAGAAGACGAAGAGCGCGACUCUGAUCUACAAAAGAGAUUGAAGGGUGCUUGUAAAGAUCUUGGAGUAAUUAUGAGUUACGACAAACUCCUUGAGACUUGGGAACAAACAAAGCUGUACCUUUCGACAGUGGUUUCUACGGAGGCACUGCCAGCUGACCGUGAUAUAUUUCAGCGUGCCAUUUCAACUCUUGCACAGUUCACAGCAUUAUCUGUAGAACGGUUCCACAAGACUGCAGAAUUAUUGCUUAUCAAGGAAAGACGUAGCACUGUAAAUGAGGCCGAUGCAUUGGUACAGUUCACGAAUAUUUUAUCCGGAGAAGUUGGUGUUCUCGCUAAUUUAUUUGCGGAUAAACUAAACGAGCGUAUCAAGCAUUCGGAAAAACCUGAUGCUAUCAGUGCUAAUAUCACAACGAUUUUCUUAGAGGCUGCUAAUGCGAGUUCUUAUAUUCAGGAUGCCUUCAAGUUAUUGAUCCCAGUUCUACAAGUUGGAGCUACAUAAUAUCAGUCAUUUUUGUAUAUGUUUUGUACACUGUAUAUGAAACUCUAUUACCUUAUCAAUAUUAUAGAUAAAGAUAUAAGUUUAAGCCAUAUUAUUGAAGUAUAUAAGAUUGAGCGUAAUUUCAAUACUAUAUGCAAUUACUAGAUGUUAAGAUAUAUGGCCGAUCGCUGCGACUAAAAUCUCACUGUACGCUAUAGGGUUUUCAAAUAUUUUUCUACAUCCACCCUGAACAACUUAUGAAUCUUUUGAUGGCUGCAUACUAUACCGCAGAGUUAUACGGAAAAAUGGGUCUGAAAAAGACUGACGUAUUACUCUUCUGGGACACCCUGACAAGUUAGGCAUUUUUAUUUGUCCUGCUACUCAAUGCCUUCAAUAUCGUAUAUAUUAUAAAUUUUUCAUAUCAUUAAUAAGUAACACAAUAUCGCCUGAACGACCUAAGUGAUUGCCAUUGUUUACAUGUAUAAAGUAAUAAGUUUCUGCUGUUCUGUAGAGUAUUUUCUUUUUCUGUUGAAUUGUACCGUUUGUGCAUCGCUACUGAAAUUAUUAACGGUUGACGAAUAAAUCCCAAUUUAAUGUAAAA